AUGGGAAACAAGAACGAUCUGUUCAAGUAUACUUCAGGGAGAUGGAUAUAUAAUGAACCUCGUCGCCUUGCCGAACGCCACCUAGUAUUCAAUGUUGAUGAAUUGAAGAAAGCUGCCGCAACUGCUGUCGGUAGGCCAGUUUCAGAGAUACGAAGCAUCCGAAAACUGGCAGAAGGGGGUUUCAACCGUGUCUUUGACAUCUCAAUGAAAGAUGGCUCAUCUCUACUUGCCCGACUUCCAUAUCCGUCGACGAUGCCCCGACGCCUUGCAGUAGCUAGCGAGGUCGCAACAUUAGCUUUUGUUCGUGCUUGUGGCAUUCCUGCCCCUCGUGUCCUGGGGUAUUCGGCGCAUGAUAACCCUGUCGGCGUCGAGUACAUCUUGAUGGAAAAGCUCCCCGGAAGACCUAUCGGCGAUGCCUGGUUUAGCCUGCCCGAAAAAGAUAGGCUCAAAGUCCUACACGAAAUUGUAACACUGGAAGCCAAGCUCUUUGCCAACAGCCUACCUGCUAGUGGGAGUAUAUACUUCGCCCACGACCUGCCUCCUGGCGCUCCUCAUGAAGCCCAUGGAAAAAAAAAUUGUUUGCUGAUUCUCACAAUUAUAGAUAACGAUCCGUGCCUUGUCCUUCAAGCUCCAGCUGAAAAAGAAUUGGCCUGGAUUCGGACAUAUGGAAAGCCUCGUUUUCCCUUUCAACGUGCCUACAGAGAAACAUUAGGUUACAAAAAACAAGACCCGGAGGAACAUUCCAAUUCACUAUUGGAAUAUCUCCAGCUUGCACCGUACCUUGCUCCUACAUGCCCGAAGCUCAACCUUCCUAUUCUCCGCCAUCCCGAUCUUCAGCCCAGCAACAUCUUCAUCUCUGAAGAUUUUAAGAUCACGGGUCUUAUCGACUGGCAGCACUCUUUGGUUCUUCCCAUGUUUCUUGCUGCUGGUAUACCGCGAUCAUUUCAGAAUUAUGGUGAUGAACAGUCCAUGUACUUCAUUCCACCGCAACUCCCCGAAGAUCUUGGUACCAUGGAUGCAGAUGAGCAUGCUAUAGCAUGCGAGCAGUUCCGCCGCCGUCAUGUGCACUUUUUUUAUCUGGGGUUCACGCAGAAACUGAAUGAGCCUCAUUCAGAGGCCCUUGAACAGGAAUUUGGUCUCCUAAGACGCCGGAUAUUUGACAAUGCAGGCAGUCCGUGGGAAGGCCUCAACACCCCAUUGCAAGUGGAUAUCGCACAGGUAUCGCAGAAUUGGUCAAAGAUUGCUGCUGUCCGUUCAGAUAGAAGCCUUCCUGCAUGUCCUGUUGUAAUUAGCGAGCAGGAUGCGCAGAAGAGGGCAGCACUGGAUGAUUCACUGCGGGAUGUGGACACUGAACUGGAACAGAUCAAUGGGUUCCUUGGUGUUGGGUCUGAUGGAUGGACAUCAAAUGAAUUGUUUAAACAAGCGAAAGAGAGAGCACGAUCGAUCAAGGUGGAGGGGCUUGCUGCAGUCAAUGAUGACCCAUGGCUGAGGCAGAUGACUGAGCAGCAUUGGCCCUUUGAUGAUUACAACGAAGACGAGUAA